AUGGCCAUGCCUGAUAGUGACAAGACUGCUGCUGAUGGUUUAGCCGAAGAGAGGGAGGUGUCUGGGGCAGAGGGAACAGACCCGUUCCGUAUUGAGGUUGAGUCUGUGAGUCACGAGGACCUGCCAACCGUGGAGAUCCCCACCACCUUCAAUGUCAGCCCCCUCAGUGGCCAGACCAGCGGCUCCUUCUCUCAGGACCUCCAGGACCCCCAUGUACCCACCGCUCCGUUCCAGGAGCCCCCUGCCCCCACCCCAAAGAGCCAGGGCCAGCUCACCCCAACCAGCUACCUCCCUUCCAUGCGCUUCAUCAAGGUCCGGCCCUUCAUGCACGAUGACGGCUUGGUGGAGACUAAGACCCUAUGCAGCCAGCUCCUGGCACACUGGCUGCUGCUGGUGAUUGUUGCGUGUGGUCUACUGGCCCUGAGUCUAGCCCUAGGCAUUGGGCUUGGAGGAGACAGGGUGCACUACAUCAGUUCCAGAUCCCUGCCUCUCUCCUCUGUCGAGUCGGCCUUCCUGGCUAACCUGGUAUCAGUCAACCUGAGUCAUCCAGAUCGCCAGCAGACUGUCAAGAUCCAUAACACCACCUUCCUCAGUAAGACCCAGUGCAGCUCUGAGAGUGUGAUCGUGCUCAAGUGCCUAGAUUGUGGCUCCAGGCCCAUGUUCAGGUCUCGUAUUGUGGGAGGGAACGUCUCCAAACCAGGCCAGUUUCCCUGGCAGGCCAGCCUGCACUAUCAGAACCGACACCUCUGUGGGGGCUCCAUCAUCACACCACGCUGGAUAGUGACAGCAGCACACUGUGUCUACGGGUUUGCAACAAAAACCAUGCUGUGGGUGGUGCAAGUGGGAUUGACAGAUCAGCCGAUCAAUGGGGUGCUGUCUCGCUCUUUGGAGAAGAUUGUCUACCAUGCCCGCUACCAACCAAAGGGCUUAAACUAUGACAUCGCUCUAUUGAAGCUAACAGAGCCUCUUACCUUUAAUGGUCUGGUUGAGCCUAUCUGCCUGCCGAACUAUGGGGAGAGAUUUGAGGAGGGGAAGAUGUGCUGGAUCUCUGGGUGGGGUGCCACAGUGGAUGGAGGGGAGACCAGUGUGUCCAUGCAUUCUGCCCAGGUCCCUGUGCUCUCCAGCAGGGACUGCAGUGGACCGGGAGUGUACCAGGGUGCCAUCUCCCCUUGGAUGGUCUGUGCAGGCUACCUAGAGGGGGGCAAAGACUCUUGCCAGGGGGAUAGCGGAGGCCCUCUGGCCUGUGAGGAGUCAUCAGUGUGGAAGCUGGCGGGGGCCACUAGCUGGGGCUAUGGCUGUGCUGGGAGGAACAAUCCUGCCAUGUACACUCGCAUCUCACACGCUCUGACCUGGAUCCACCAGCAGAUGGAGAAAGAAGAGGCACUGAGUCCUUGAUCCCCAAAAGGAUACAGUGGCUCACAUAUUUAGAGGACUUUACUCAAGAGACACUCAUGAUUUGUUCUUAAGCACCACAAUGAAUGGACACCAUCUGAGGC